UAUCUCAAACUCUCUCACACUCUUAGCUAAUAGCUCUAAAAUUUUCUCAAGAAAAUGGCUAAAAUUCUCCAUUUUCUUCUCAUUUUCAUGUACAUUUUCUUUUCUUUCUUCUUUCCUCUAAUUUUCUCAGAUUCUUCAGUUGAUGGUUUUAUUUAUGGUGGUUGCUCACAAAUAAAAUACUUACCAAACUCGCCUUACGAGUCGAAUCUCAACUCACUACUCACUUCCCUAGUUAACUCAGCAACUUAUUCAUCUUACAACAAAUAUAGCAUUGUGGGGUCCACGCAACAAGAUAUGAUCAACGGUCUAUAUCAAUGCAGAGGUGAUUUGUCCAUGCCGGAUUGCGCCACGUGUAUAGCGCGAUCGGUGAGUCAACUCACCGAGUUAUGUCCACAGACUUGUGGUGGAGCUCUACAAUUACAAGGGUGCUUUAUAAAAUAUGAUAAUAGUUCUUUUUUGGGCUCAGAGGAUAAAAGUGUAGUUAUGAAAAAAUGUGGGCCGUCAAAUGGGUUUGAUUUGGAUCAAAUGGGCCGAAGGGAUUCAGUUUUGGGCGGUUUAAUGGGUGGUAAUGGGCUUUAUAGAGUUGGUGGGUCGGAAGAUGUACAAGGUAUGGCCCAAUGUAUAGGAGAUUUAAGUAUGGCCCAAUGUCAAGAUUGCUUAUCGGAAUCGAUCGGACGGCUGAAAAAAGAGUGUGGCGGUGGAGUGUACGGUGAUAUGUUUUUGGGAAAAUGUUAUGCUAGGUAUACAACUAGUGGAGCUCAUAUUUAUGCUAAACCUAAUCAUCAUGAUUCUCAUAGUGAGAGUGAGAAGACAUUUGCACUGAUCAUUGGAUUAUUAGCUGGGGUUGCCCUUCUCAUCAUUUUCUUGACUUUCAUGAGAAGAAUAUUUGCAAGAAAUGGUAAAUAAAUUAUAAAUGAGUUCUGAAAAAUUUAUCUGCUUUUGCUGGCAUUUUACUCCAUGAUCUACGUCAACUUGUCCUUCUCUUUUCUUUUCAUGUAUUUAGUCUUUUUAGAGAGAGAUUUAUUUUAUAUUAUUGAUCUUCUUUGAAAAGUAGAUUUCGAAGUGAAGAUGAGCUCUAGGGAUGUGUACUAUAAAAAAAUUUGAAAAAAGCAAGAACAAAAAGCCUAAGAUUCCACUCACUUUGAUGUAAAGAAAUUGCUUUUGCUUUUUGUGAAUGCUGAUCUUGGAUCCUUUCACAUGCGAUGCUGGAUUAUGAAUUAUUCCCUUUGUUUCA